UUGUGGGUAGCGGCUGCGCGCGGCCGGAGACGGGCGCCGUGCGCGGGUGUGUAAGGGGACCGGGCUCUGGAACUGAGGCAGCCGGCGGCGAUCAUGGGAGUGGGGUUGCGGCGGCCGUAGUUGUCCGAGCCUGGGCUUCAGCCUUCCGGAGCCCCAGAGGACCGGGCAGUCCGUGCCCAGCGGUGGCGGCGCCGCUUGCCCACUCCCGCCCUCGGAGUCCUGAGGGAGCUCACGGCAGACGAACGGACCGGGCGGCGCGAAUCCGACUGAGGGGCGGGGACGCCGCCGUCGGCUCCUCGCCGCUCCCGGCUGCCCCUUGGACUGCCCCAGGCCCGGCGCUGAGAUCCGAAGCCGGAGCUAGAGGCGGACGGUGGGCCCGGGCGGAGCCCCGCCCGGAGCCGGCGGUUCGGGGGCGGCGCUAGGCCCCGAGGCGGCCGGGCCGGAGCGCGGGGAGCGGGAGUGCGGGCACGGCGGCGUCGGCAUGAGCCGGCCCCCGGCGACGGGGAAAAUGCCCGGCGCCCCCGAGGACCUGCUGGGGGACGGGGCGGGCACGAGCCGCCAGAGGAAGCUGGAGGCGCUGAUCCGAGACCCUCGCUCGCCCAUCAACGUGGAGAGCUUGCUGGAUGGCUUAAAUUCCUUGGUCCUUGAUUUGGAUUUUCCUGCUUUGAGGAAAAACAAAAAUAUAGAUAAUUUCUUAAAUAGAUAUGAGAAAAUUGUGAAAAAAAUCAGAGGUCUACAGAUGAAGGCAGAAGACUACGAUGUUGUAAAAGUUAUUGGAAGAGGUGCUUUUGGCGAAGUCCAGUUGGUUCGUCAUAAGGCAACACAGAAAGUUUAUGCUAUGAAGCUCCUUAGUAAGUUUGAAAUGAUAAAAAGAUCAGAUUCUGCUUUUUUCUGGGAAGAAAGAGAUAUUAUGGCCUUUGCCAACAGCCCCUGGGUGGUUCAGCUCUUCUGUGCCUUUCAAGAUGAUAAGUAUCUGUAUAUGGUAAUGGAGUACAUGCCUGGUGGAGACCUUGUAAACCUUAUGAGUAACUAUGAUGUACCUGAAAAAUGGGCCAAAUUCUAUACUGCUGAAGUUGUUCUCGCUCUGGAUGCCAUACACUCCAUGGGUUUAAUUCAUAGAGAUGUGAAGCCUGACAACAUGCUCUUGGAUAAACAUGGACAUUUAAAAUUAGCAGAUUUUGGCACAUGUAUGAAGAUGGAUGAAACAGGUAUGGUGCACUGUGACACAGCAGUUGGAACGCCUGAUUAUAUAUCACCUGAGGUUCUGAAAUCACAAGGGGGUGAUGGUUACUAUGGGCGAGAAUGUGAUUGGUGGUCUGUGGGUGUUUUCCUUUUUGAGAUGCUGGUGGGGGAUACUCCAUUUUAUGCAGAUUCACUUGUAGGAACAUACAGCAAAAUUAUGGAUCAUAAAAAUUCACUGUGUUUCCCUGAAGAUGCAGAAAUUUCUAAACACGCGAAGAAUCUCAUCUGUGCCUUCCUAACAGAUAGGGAGGUACGACUUGGGAGAAAUGGAGUAGAAGAAAUCAAACAACAUCCUUUCUUUAAGAAUGAUCAAUGGAAUUGGGAUAACAUAAGAGAGACGGCAGCUCCGGUAGUACCUGAACUCAGCAGUGACAUAGACAGCAGCAAUUUUGAUGACAUUGAAGAUGAUAAAGGAGAUGUAGAAACCUUCCCAAUUCCUAAAGCUUUUGUGGGAAAUCAGCUGCCCUUUAUAGGAUUUACCUACUACAGAGAAAAUUUGUUACUAAGUGACUUUCCAUCUUGUAGAGAAAAUGAUUCAGUACAAUCAAGGAAAAAUGAAGAAAGUCAAGAGCUUCAAGCAAUAUUUCAGAUUACCUUAAGGAAAAAUGUGGAAUCAGCAUUAAGACAAUUAGAAAGAGAAAAGGCGCUUCUUCAGCACAAAAAUGCAGAAUAUCAGCGGAAAGCUGAUCAUGAAGCAGACAAGAAACGGAAUUUGGAAAAUGAUGUUAACAGUUUAAAAGAUCAACUUGAAGACUUGAAAAAAAGAAAUCAGAACUCUCAAAUAUCCACUGAGAAAAUGAAUCAACUCCAGAGACAACUGGAUGAAACCAGUGCUUUGCUGCGAACAGAAUCAGAUACUGCAGCCCGGUUAAGAAAAACCCAGGCAGAAAGUUCCAAACAGAUUCAGCAGCUGGAAUCUAACAAUAGAGAUCUACAAGAUAAGAAUUGCCUCCUGGAGACUGCCAAGUUAAAACUUGAAAAGGAAUUUAUCAAUCUCCAAUCGGUUCUAGAAUCUGAAAGAAGGGACCGUACCCAUGGAUCAGAGAUAAUUAAUGAUUUACAAGGUAGAAUAUCUGGCCUAGAAGAAGAUUUAAAGAAUGGCAAAAUCUUAUUAGCAAAAGUAGAACUGGAGAAGAGACAACUACAUGAGAGAUUUACUGAUCUGGAAAAGGAAAAGAACAACAUGGAAAUAGAUAUGACAUACCAACUAAAAGUUAUACAGCAGAGCUUAGAACAAGAAGAAGCUGAACAUAAAGCUACAAAAGCACGACUGGCAGAUAAAAAUAAGAUUUAUGAAUCCAUUGAAGAAGCUAAAUCAGAAGCCAUGAAAGAAAUGGAAAAAAAGCUCAUGGAGGAAAGGACUUUAAAGCAGAAAGUGGAGAACCUGUUGCUAGAAGCUGAGAAAAGAUGCUCUAUAUUUGACUGUGACCUCAAACAGUCACAGCAGAAGAUAAAUGAACUCCUUAAACAAAAAGAUGUGCUAAAUGAGGAUGUUAGAAACCUGACAUUAAAAAUAGAGCAGGAAACUCAGAAGCGCUGCCUCACACAAAAUGACUUGAAGAUGCAAACACAGCAAGUUAACACACUAAAAAUGUCAGAAAAGCAGUUAAAACAAGAAAAUAAUCAUCUCAUGGAAAUGAAAAUGAGCUUGGAAAAACAGAAUGCUGAACUUCGAAAAGAACGUCAAGAUGCAGAUGGGCAAAUGAAAGAGCUCCAAGAUCAGCUUGAAGCGGAACAGUAUUUCUCAACCCUCUAUAAAACACAAGUCAGGGAACUGAAAGAAGAAUGUGAAGAAAAGACCAAGCUUUGUAAAGAAUUACAGCAAAAGAAACAGGAAUUACAGGAUGAAAGGGACUCCUUGGCUGCUCAACUGGAGAUCACCUUGACCAAAGCAGAUUCUGAGCAGCUGGCUCGUUCAAUUGCUGAAGAACAAUAUUCUGAUUUGGAAAAAGAGAAAAUCAUGAAAGAGCUGGAGAUCAAAGAGAUGAUGGCUAGGCACAAACAGGAACUCACUGAAAAAGAUGCUACAAUUGCAUCACUUGAAGAAACUAAUAGGACACUAACUAGUGAUGUUGCCAAUCUUGCAAAUGAGAAAGAAGAAUUAAAUAACAAAUUGAAAGAUGCCCAAGAACAGCUAUCGAGGUUGAAAGAUGAAGAGAUAAGUGCAGCAGCUAUUAAAACACAAUUUGAGAAGCAGCUGUUAACAGAGAGAACACUCAAAACUCAAGCUGUGAAUAAAUUGGCUGAGAUCAUGAAUCGAAAAGAACCUGUCAAGCGUGGUAGUGACACAGAUGUGCGGAGAAAAGAGAAGGAGAAUAGAAAGCUACAUAUGGAACUGAAAUCUGAACGUGAGAAAUUGACCCAGCAGAUGAUCAAGUAUCAGAAAGAACUGAAUGAAAUGCAGGCUCAAAUAGCUGAAGAGAGCCAGAUUCGAAUUGAACUGCAGAUGACACUGGACAGUAAAGACAGUGACAUUGAGCAGCUGCGGUCACAGCUCCAGGCCUUGCAUAUCGGGAUGGAUAGUUCAAGUAUAGGCAGUGGACCAGGGGAUGCGGAGGCAGAUGAUGGGUUUCCAGAAUCGAGACUAGAGGGAUGGCUUUCAUUGCCUGUGAGAAACAACACUAAGAAAUUCGGAUGGGUUAGAAAGUAUGUGAUUGUAAGCAGUAAGAAGAUUCUUUUCUAUGACAGUGAACAAGAUAAAGAACAAUCUAAUCCUUACAUGGUUUUAGAUAUCGACAAGCUAUUUCAUGUCCGACCAGUUACACAAACAGACGUAUAUAGAGCAGAUGCUAAAGAAAUUCCAAGGAUAUUUCAGAUUCUGUAUGCCAAUGAAGGAGAAAGUAAGAAGGAGCAAGAAUUUCCAGUGGAGCCAGUCGGAGAAAAAUCCAAUUAUAUUUGCCACAAGGGACAUGAAUUCAUUCCUACUCUCUAUCAUUUCCCAACCAACUGUGAGGCUUGUAUGAAGCCAUUGUGGCAUAUGUUUAAACCUCCUCCUGCUUUAGAGUGCCGUCGCUGCCAUAUUAAAUGUCAUAAAGAUCACAUGGACAAGAAGGAGGAGAUUAUAGCACCUUGCAAAGUGUAUUAUGAUAUUUCAACGGCAAAGAAUCUAUUGAUACUAGCAAAUUCCACAGAGGAGCAGCAGAAGUGGGUUAGUCGGUUGGUGAAAAAGAUCCCUAAAAAGCCGCCAGCUCCAGAUCCCUUUGCACGGUCAUCUCCUAGAACUUCAAUGAAGAUGCAACAAAACCAGUCUAUCAGACGGCCCAGUCGACAGCUUGCCCCAAACAAACCAAGAUUGCUUGAUUUGGCAUUUAAAGACUGGGAUUGGUCAUUUGAUGAUGUUGAUGGUGAUGAUGAUGAUGACCAUGUUUUUGAUUUCUGAAGAAAUAAAUGGGCUAACUGCCUUCUGUGAAUGCAGCCAUUAUUCAAGGUGACCAUAUUCUUCCAGUUAGAACAAGACUGAAGUGCGAUGGCCCAAAAUUUAUUAAAAAGCUAUAUUUUCCUGAGAGACUGAUAUUAUAUAUAUAUAUAUAUAUAUAAUUUUUUUUCUCCUUUUAUUCCUGCAAUAUAAAUUAUAAAUCUUGGAGAGAUUUUCUGGGCUCCUUUGGAGCAGCAAGUUGAACCAACAAUGAUUGGCUCAUAGAGUAAGAAUAUCAUAUGCAGCUCUUCCAAACUUGUUCCAUAAAGCUCUCUUGGCAGCCACUCACACUACAUUGCACAAAAGGAUUGAGAAGAGUUAAAAGUUUAAAGAAAUCAUCUUUUCAGCUUCAACAGAGAGAUUUCACCAGCACAUUUACCAGAAGAAUCUGGGACUGGAUUCCACUACAGUGAUACAGACUGCGUCUUUAAGAAGUGACCAUUAUCCUGUGUGUGUGUGUGUAUACACACACACACACACACACACACACACACACACACACACAUACAUAGUACUGUAAUACUGCAAGAGGGUUUUUUAAAUGUCCCACUUUAUAUUUUUGUACACAUGAAUCAGAUAUCACUACUUACUACAUUUGCAGCUAUGCACUUGUAUAAGCCAUAUAUUGGGGUUUAUAUCACUCAUUUGUGUGUAUGAGAUGGAGGCAUGUUCAUGUUUAAGCAAUUACUGUAACAAGAAAGUUUGACCUUCAUUAUGUCAGUUUCCUAAUGCUUCAUGAUAGGCAACUUGACCCAUUUGGAAUGCCUUAAUUUAAGUUUUUUUCAAAGUCUCAAUCCUUUUCUGUAUUUAAAAAGCGUUUACCAGCUCUUAGGAUGCAAAUUUGCUUUGCAGGAGAAAAACAGUGCACUAUUUUUACAUGUAAUAGUUAUCAGUGUCAGCCUAUUUUGAUUGUAUAACAAUUUUUUUAAGUAUUGGUGAUAGAAACAAUAAUGGAUAGUAUUGGAACUAAUAUAUCUCUUAUGUGUAUCUACUCUUCAUCCAACCCCCUUUGACAGGCCUCAGUAUUAGUGUGUGACUAUGAAAUAUUUUCUUUGCUUUGUAUUUGCUGACUAUCUUAGAUAUGUUUUUAUUCCUGGUAAAGACAUUUGUGAGUAUUUUUACAUUUCACACUCAACAUUCAAAAAUUAUCUCAAAUAUAAAGAAAACUAAAACAUACUGUACAUAUAGUUUAAAUAUUUAAAUGUGAUCCUUUAAACACACAAUUGUGUAUGGCAGUAUUUUAGCAUUGGGCUCUGUAAACUGAUGACUGGGAAGACGUGGCCUGAAAGGCUCUUAAUUUUAUUUCUUAAGUGCUAUUAAAGUUAGUUUAUGCAGGGCCAUUCCUGUUGUAUUUCUCCUCAUGCCACAAAAUUGUAUAUUUUAUACUGUUAUAGUAUGCAUCAACGGUAAGCAUUAAGAAAGAAAAAAAAGAUGUAGUCUGACCGGUCUCUCUUUAUACACAUACACAGUUGGGUGUGAUACUGAAAUGCAUUAUCUAAUGUUUCGAUGAAGGAAGACAUUUUAACACUGAUUGCCUCUAGGGUCAGUGUGGAGAUGUUUAAAGAGUUAGCUCCCCAGUUAGAGAUGCUGUUGUGGAAACUGAGUGGCUCUUGGCCUCCCGACAUUCGUGCUCUGCUUCCGCUGCCCAGUCUGCGCCCUCGUGCUGUCUGGAAAACUAGGUGUGCAUGCCAUUCCCCACAGGCGUGUGCUGCAGUUCUGGUUUGGGGGCACAGGUUUUUGUUUUUUUAAAGUAAGAUUAAAAAUGAAAAAUAUAUAAAAUUUAUAUAGAAUAAAUAUUUCCAUUCUUUAGACUUGUUAAAAGGAGACUGAAUUAAUAUUUUAUAUAAAGAUUUUGUUACACUAUGGGAGGUUCUAUCAUAUUAUUCUGAAUUGGAGAGUAUAUAUAUAUAUAUAUUUUUAAUAAACUUUAUUAAGGUGAAAUAAUUUGAAGUUUACACAUGAGUAUUUGAAAUAUUUGAGUAAAAUGGCAAACGUUUAAAUUUCGAAUGUUGUAUAUAUUAGAGAAUAUGGAGAAUCAUGGUGUGAUGCAACUAUACCAGGAAGAUUAAUGUGAAGUGUUUUUGGGGAAAAGAUAUUCUAAGGGGUGAAAAAAAAUCUCUCCCAUGGAGAUUCUUCACGUUAUAUGGUUUGUUUAUAAGGUUGUUUGUCCAACUAAUGGAAAUGUGCUUAAUAAAAGAUUCUGACCUUGGGUAAGAAUUUGCUUUUUACCCUGUUGCUGGUUUCAUGUACAUACAUGAAUGAAUGCAUGCACCCACCCAGAUGUUCUCAUCCCAGUACUCAUUAAAUCUGAUAUUGACUUGGUCUAACAACCUGAUUUUGUGCUAGUUUCUCUUUUUCUUGUGGCUCCAAAGCUUCCAAGAUAAAUAUAAGACCAAAAUUUCCUUAUUUUUUCACACCUGAUUUCUCCUAGAGCCAUAAAUACCUCCUAUUGAGAGCUAAGAAGUAGUGAAUACUGGGAUUUUCUUAGUUGGAAUUUUUACUUUUGUGGGGAUAGCGAGACAGAAGUAGAAGGAAAACUGGUGCCGGUAUUACUGUUGAAAAUUAGUGUAUAGUGAAUUUUUGGAAAUAAUUUUUUUAAAAUGUUAUCUAGGAGCAAGAAUUUUUUUAAAAUCUCUGAAAGUUUAAAAUGCUAAAUUCUAAAGCAUAAGUACAUCAAUAAAUCUAAAAUAAAGUUAGUGUUUUUCAAACUAACCUAUGCUGGAAUUACAGGAGUCUGGCUCUGAAGGAUCUCCUUUGCAUGCUGAUCUGUAGAUCCUUAAGAAGUGCUCUGGGUUGCCAAACCACAGUUUAAGAUGUUAUGCUGCUAUUGUUAAUCUGUUUUUAUAGGAUUCCGGUGUACAAUAGAAAAACUUAGACACUAUAUUACGUUGUUGAAACAUGCUUUAAGAAACAUGUUUAGAAAAACCUGACGAGAGCAGGUCACUUCUGAGUCUCUGUCUGUGUUGACACUGCUGCUGACUCCUCCUCCCUUGGAAUGAGGCUUCAGCGUCCCUGCUGUGAAGACAGCAGUUGAUUUGCAAAGCACUUUGAAGAUAAGCACUGUGUGACAGUGCUGACUAUUAUGCCCAGGGCGUCUCCUUGAUUCUCUUCUCCAUAAUAAUGAGUUGUGUUGGAACUGUAAUAAGUUAUGAACUGCAUGGUUUAGAUAAUCAUAAAUACCUGAUGGGCUGUCCCCCUUGAACACAAAUCGGAUCGUAUCCCCCUGAUUUUUCUUUUAAUUUGUUGCAUCUUUGUAGUAAUGUAUUUUAUGCCUGCUUUUUAUAUUGAAAAAUAAAGAAAUUAAGACAAGCA